AUCUACCGGGGUGGCAUGGGGUGGCAGCUGCCACCCUAAAAUAAUGCCUUGCCUCCCCUGCUGCCACCCCACUUGGCAGCAACGAAUUCAAAGAAAAGUUAUGGCCAACUUGACUUUUACGAGCACGAAUCUCUGAUGUCCUACUGCACCGAAUGCAGCACGAGAGCGUCAGAGCGGCACUACUGGACCUUUUCUUUGUUUAUUUUAUUUUUAAACUGUGUGGCGCGAAGCAGAGGAGCAAGGAGAGAAGACACGGGAGUAAAGAGCAGAAAUGAAGAGGAAAGGUAACAUACACAGUUUUUUCGGACCGAAGAGAAAAGCCAAAGAGAUUGAAAAUGAACAAUUGAGCAAGGUAGACGGAGGACAUGAGGUGAAAGGAGAGAGAAAAGAUGAGGAAGGAGAGAGAGGAGAGGACGAGGUGGAGAGAGAGGGAAAGGAGAUGGAAGGAAAGAAAGAAGACAGAGACGAGUUGAAAGGAGAGAGAGAAGGGCAACAGAAACGCGACAGAGUUCAAGGCCAAGGUGACCAGGGACAGGAGGAGGUGACAGAACACAGCGGAGAUUAUAUGGAGGGAGUGCACCACCAAGAUGAGGACGGAGAAAAUAAGAGAGAAGAUGAAGUACAGGGCUCAGAAAGAGAAAGGGAAAGGAGUGAACCAUCACCAGCUAUCUCCAGUCGAGCUGGUCCACAUGACAUAUCUAAGUCCAGGUGUGAGGUGCCUAUGCAACCACAGCGAGGCAGCUUCCCCAAGACCCUCCAAGGAGGAGCCAGAAGAAGCUUUCAAAGUGACUGGUACAAAACUUACCCCUGGCUAGAAUAUUCGCAAUCAAACGAUUCAGCUUACUGCUUUGCAUAUCUGAAGGUCACAUAA